CGUUAAGAGAGUUGCAAACAGCUUUACUCAAAGAUCACAGUGUGUCGUGUCUAGAAAGAGCAAGCGAGCGAGCAUAGAAACAGUUCUCCUUUGUUCUUCUCGACUGAGAUAUCAGAGCGAUGGAGGCAGAUCCACCAGUGCUCGGAGCCGACACCACGCCGCCGCGCUCGUUCACUCUGAACGCACAGCACGAACUGCGCGUCGAAAUUGACAACGAGAAGCGCGCCACCAUCACUGUCUUGAGUGGCACCGCGGAAAUAUUCGGAACAGAGCUCGCAGUCGACCGCGCAUACACGUUCAGCGGCGCCAAGCUGGCAGUGUUCUCAUGGCACGGAGCGACAGUCCAGAUCGCUGGUCCGACAGAAGUCGCGUACGUGAGCAAGGAGACGCCGAUGACCUCCUACGUCAACACACACGCUGCACUGGAGCAGUUGCGCAUUGCCGCAGAGCGGAUGGGCAGUCAGAGCGGCCCUCGCGUGCUCAUCGCGGGCGCUGGCGAUGUCGGCAAGUCGUCGUUGUGCAAGAUUCUGCUGAGCUAUGCGGCGCGCAGCGGGAGACGCCCGCUCUACGUCGACCUCGAUGUCGGCCAAGGGAGCAUCUCGGUGCCCGGCGUGAUGGCCACGGCUCUGGUGGAGAAGCCCGUCGACGUCGAGGAAGGCUUCUCCAACCACAUCCCGCUCUUGUACCACUUUGGCCAUCUCAGCCCAGAUAAUCACUCCUUGUACAAGUCCAUCAUGGGGCGAAUCGCCACAGCUGUGACCCGCCGCUGCCAGUCCGAUGCCCACACCCGCCAUUCUGGCGUUAUCAUCAACACUUGCGGCUGGAUUGAAGGGCCGGGCUUUCAGUUCAUCAUGAGCGCCAUCGACUUGUUCCAGGUCGACGUCGUAUUGACCAUUGACAGCGAGCGUCUGCACCACGACAUUGCGACUGCCGUCAACUCGUCUGGCACGAAUAACCAAGUUGCCGUUGUUUCCUUGCCCAAAUCGGGCGGUGUCGUGAGUCGUCCACAAGUAUUCCGUCGAAAGACGCGCAACGAGCGGGUGAAGCAGUACUUUUACGGCAUCAAGAACGAUCUCUUCCCAAGUCGGACCACCAUCAAACUUAACGAUUUUGUUUUUGUUCGCAUUGGCGCUCCACCGGUACCUGCGUCUUGCCUGCCGCUCGGAGAAACCCCGGCAAACAACGAAUUGAAGGUCAUCACUGUGACUCCAUCCACAGAUUUGCUCUACACGGUGCUGAGUGUGUCGGCCUCGCCCCAGGUGCCAUCCAACCUGCAGUCGCUGGUGGACACGAACGUUCUCGGAUUUGUUUUUGUGGCUGCCGUCAACAUGGACAAGAAGGAGCUGACCAUCCUCGCGCCAAGUAUCGGGCGGCUACCGUCCAACGUGCUUAUUGUCUCGGCUGUCAAGUGUGAAAUGCAACUAUAGCUGCUACAGCGGAGUGUGUUGUGUUUGUUCUAUUUUGGCGAAUAGUGCAAAAUCUAUCUACACGA